CAUGAGCAAUCCUUCAGAUGACGAGGAAUACCGUCUAGCACAUUGCAUCAAUAACUGCAUGACUGACGAAGCAUUCGAAAACGACAACACCCUACGAACUUUGAUUGGAAUGUCUGAAGAUUCAUACAUUCCAUUGGAGUUUUUUCGUACAAAGCCUUCAGUAGCUGUCUUCGAUGCCUCUGAAGAGGAAAUGGCCAUAGCCGUAGCAAAAUACUGCACCAUCACCCUUAAGCUGGAUGAAUCAUUAACUAAAAUAACCCGCGUAAAGCCAUUCAAUGUUGAUCAAACACGCACUGCCCUUACACCUUGGUCCAUCUAUGUUGAAGGUCUCAAAGCGCCUUACGACACCGUCGACAAAAUCAAAGAGCUGUUUGAGAAAGUUGAUCCUGUUCAUCAUGUGGUCCUUCCCGAGGCUUGGAAUGGAACCAAAAAGUUCUUUGGGUUUUGUUUCGUUGAAUUCAACGUACCACAAUCCGUACACAGAGCUGUUCGCCUCUUCAAUCGGUUCGACCCCCAGUUGUCGGUUCAAACAAAGCAUAAGAUAAAGGAACGAACUACGGAUCAAGAUGUUAGCGAAUUAGCGGAUAAACUGGAACUACGCGUCAUGACAAAAAUUGAUUGGGAAAAGUUAAAAUCACGAUAUCUGGCACAACAGCAAGCACUUGAACAACAAAUCAAAGCAGUUUGGGAAGAAAUGAACGGCAGACCUGCACCCAGUAGAAAACCUAUUGCCCCACAGAGACCCGAUCAUACCGCGUUCAUCGCUGAUAUUCGAGGACCACGACCGCCCAUUCCCAGAACCAGAAAGACAGCAUCACCAUCUCAAAAGCAGCUGCCUGAUCAAGAUUCGCAACAGCCUGACUAUGAUCAAGGUAUUGUUGUGCAUGUAGAUAACAUACAACCUAGGACAAACAAAUCGAUUCUCAAGAAACUAUUCGAGAAGUCAGGUGCUACCACUACGUUCGUUAAUUUCAAAAAAGAUAUACCGUCAUGCAACGUCAGACUGUCCACUGCUGCAGACGCUCAAAAAAUGACGACAUACUUUACUGACCAUCCAACUACUCAAUUGCAAGCUGACGAUGCGCAGGGAACCAGAGAUGCCAUCAAUGCUUUAUCACCUCUAAAGGUACGCAUCCUUGCUGGCAAGGAAGAAGAGAUCUAUUGGCAAACCCAAGAGAAGAAGAAGGAGAGAUUCAGUCAGGUGCGACAAACUCGUAAAACAGACCACACGCCUACACAGGAUGCUUCGUCGGGAGCGAGCAGCACAUCAACCACGCCCAUGAAGCUAAAUGUUGCACCGAAUAACAACGAGAACAAGAAAUCCAAGCGAUCGGAAAAAUCGAUCAACCCUUCACAACCUGCCAAAAAGCCAAAAAAUACCCACGUACAUUUCUCAUAAAAUACCCCACUUGUAAUGUUAGAAUACAGCCCAAAUCAGUGACACCUGUGUGAGGCCCAUACCAUGUAUAUUCCGUGUACAAACGUGAAAUGUAUGAAAUAAGAUGAAGCAGAACA